CAGUUUACUAACUCCAUUGAGCUCGGUCACUCACAUUUCCAAUUACGGUAAAAUUUGUGCAGACAGAGACAAGCAACAAGAUGUCCAUCGCAAUUCCCAACCGUCAAUUGUUCAUAGACGGUGACUGGAAAGUCCCUGCCCUCGGCAAACGGAUUCCCAUCAUCAACCCUUCCACACAACAGAUCAUUGGGGAUAUCCCAGCCGCUACUAAGGAAGAUGUCGACGUCGCCGUCGCCGCCGCCAAAGCCGCCCUUUCCCGCAACAAAGGCGCCGAUUGGGCCUCCGCUUCCGGCGCUGUUCGGGCCCGCUAUCUCCGUGCCAUCGCUGUCAAGGUCACCGAGAAAAAACCCGAGCUCGCAAAACUAGAAGCCAUCGAUUGUGGAAAACCGCUGGAUGAAGCUGCCUGGGACAUCGACGAUGUUGCUGGUUGCUUUGAGUUCUACGCUGAUCUGGCUGAAAAAUUGGACUCCAAGCAAAAGGCUCCGGUGUCUCUUCCCAUGGACACAUUCAAGAGUUACGUUCUUAAGGAGCCAAUUGGGGUUGUAGGAUUAAUAACUCCCUGGAAUUAUCCUAUGUUGAUGGCUACGUGGAAGGUUGCUCCUGCUCUGGCAGCGGGUUGUGCUGCAAUAUUGAAGCCCUCUGAGUUGGCAUCUGUGACCUGCUUGGAGCUAGGUGAGAUUUGCAAAGAAGUGGGGCUUCCUCCUGGUGUGUUGAACAUUCUCACUGGAUUAGGACCUGAAGCCGGUGCUCCAUUAGCAGUCCAUCCUGAUGUCGACAAGAUUGCCUUUACUGGAAGCUCUGCAACGGGGAGCAAGAUUAUGACGGCCGCAGCCCAGCUGGUCAAGCCUGUUUCACUAGAGCUUGGUGGAAAAAGUCCAAUCGUUGUCUUUGAGGAUGUUGACCUUGACAAGGCUGCUGAAUGGACCAUCUUUGGCUGCUUCUGGACAAAUGGUCAGAUAUGCAGUGCAACUUCCCGCCUUAUUGUACAUGAAAGUAUAGCAACAGAGUUUUUGAAUAGGAUUGUGAAAUGGACAAAAAACAUCAAAAUUUCUGAUCCCUUAGAAGAAGGUUGCAGACUGGGCCCUGUUGUUAGUGAGGGACAGUAUGAAAAAGUAUUGAAGUUUAUCUCAAAUGCUAAGAGUGAGGGUGCAACCAUUUUGACUGGUGGGUCUCGCCCUGAGCAUCUAAACAAAGGAUUCUUCGUUGAACCGACUGUCAUAACUGAUGUGACUACCUCUAUGCAAAUUUGGAGAGAAGAAGUAUUUGGACCUGUUCUCUGUGUAAAAACAUUUAGCACUGAGGAAGAAGCUAUUGAUCUAGCAAAUGACACUGUAUAUGGCUUAGGUUCUGCUGUAAUAUCAAAUGAUUUAGAAAGAUGUGAGCGCAUUACUAAGGCUUUUAAGGCUGGAAUUGUGUGGAUUAAUUGCUCUCAACCAUGCUUCACUCAAGCCCCAUGGGGAGGCAUUAAACGCAGCGGCUUUGGUCGUGAAUUAGGAGAAUGGGGACUUGAUAAUUACUUAAGUGUGAAGCAAGUGACUAAGUACAUCUCUGAUGAACCGUGGGGCUGGUACCACUCUCCUUCAAAGAUGUGACACUUAUCUAACAGCUGAGAUGUAAUAAGGUGUGGGUAAACACCAAAUUACGGUAGGAUCUCAAUGUUGAGAAGACAUCAUGUCAAUGUAUAACAACACAACUGGUUUCUAGAUUUAUGAUGGUAGUGGUUCUAAUUUCAUUUGGUUAUGUUGGCCCAUCAUCAUGCAUCUAAUUUCUAAUAUCGUGGCAGAUUUCUCUGAACUCUAGUUCACCCGGACUGAAGUAUCAUUCCUACUAUCCAUCCUACUUUUUUCAUGACGGGGUGGAUAGUGCAAUCAUAUUCAA